AUGCCGCCACAAGAUAAUCCUACCGGCAGCAUGACACAGACGCUCACUAUCAGCGUCGACCGUGGCCUCUCUCACGGGGCAUUCCAAACCUAUGGCUCAGAAAGUACGCCUGUGCCGCAUCUCGAUUUGCACAAGCAGCUUGAGUUGGAGUUGAGCGGAGAACUAGAACUGACUGACCCUGAUGUGUCGUCUGUUCCUGCCAAGCUCCUCAUCGCUUGGGCAAUGGUAGCCAAGUCGUUUGCCGGUACCGACACUGUCGUCGUUAUUGGCCCCAAAGCGGCCUCUAUUGUCCUCGAUGGAUCAUCAUUGGUCGUUGAUCAGAUCAACUCCAUAUGUUCCCAUCUGGAUGGUUCUGCGAUUACUCCCGUUGUUGACCAGCCCCAUCCUAAUCUUCAUCCACUUGCUCUGCGCUAUGCAUACAGCGAGGGCGAUGAGAUCGCUACCAUGCCUACCAAUGCCCCUCUUUCCAUCACCUUCUCCAAUCGCCAAGGCCGUUGGUCGGCUGACUUGAGUGCUGAUUCGAGGGCCAUCGACCAAGGCCUGUUGCCACUCUUGUCCAGCACCUUUACAAGGGCUUUCCAUCAACUGCGCUCUGUAUCAUCCCAACUUACCCAGCGAGACAUUUCGCUUAGUGACAAACAAGACUUGGGAAUGUUACAGAUGCUCGCUGGCCGUCCUCCGCCGCCAGUGUCCUCGCUUGUGCAUGACAUGAUUGCCCAGCGUGCUCGCAAGCAGCCUGAUGCUGAGGCUAGUAUUUCCUGGGACACCACCAUGACUUAUGCGGAUCUGGAUGAGCUUUCAGACCUUGUGGCGUCACACCUGGUUCCAAUUGGUCUCCAGGUCGGUUCGACUGUAGUUACUUGCCUCGAAAAGUCUGGGUGGGUGCCGGCUAUCUACCUCGCUAUUCUCAAGGCAGGUGGUGCCUUUGCCCCGGUGAGUCCUGGUCUAUCUGCGGAUCAGCUCACUUCUGCAAUGGGCAGGCUAUCUCCGAGCAUUGUUAUCACAUCCACUUCAAACCUCAGCAAGUUUGUAGGACUGGCUGAGCAUGUUCUGGACAUCUCUGAGAUUCUUAAAACCCCCGAUAACAACAACGCCCAACUCCUGUCCAGCAUAACGGUCGCUGUACAGGACCCGGCUUGUGUUCUCUUCACGUCCAAGGGCGAGGGGGAGGAGACUCUACUUGUCUUGGAUCACGUUGCUGUUUGUACUUCCAUCGUCACCAACAGCAACGUUCACGACUUCUCGCCUGCCACUAGAACACUGCAGUUUGCUCCAUACGAUUCCCGAACCAGUGUCGCAGAUGUGCUCUUCACCCUAGCAGCGGGCGGUUGUGUCUGCACCGCGUCGGAACAGGAGCAAACUGGUAGGAUCGCUGACGCAUGCACGAGAAUGAAGCCCUCAUUGGUCUGUCUCACGCCCUCUUUAGCCGCUGUUCUCAACCAAGAUGACCUACCGGGUAUAGAUACCAUCGUCUUGGCCGGAGAGCACCUGAACAAGGAUAGCGUUGGGAAAUGGGCCGCGGUAACUAAUCUCAUCAAUGCGUACGCUCCCACUGCCGCUCUUGGCUACGCAUGCUGUACAGCACCUCUUAUCACCAUAUCAUCCCCGCGCAACAUCGGAUGGCCCCGCGGCUGUGCCGCCUGGGUCAUGGAUCCUCAAGACCCUACCCGUCUCGCACCACCAGGUGCUGUUGGCCAACUACUAGUUGAGAGUCCAUUUCUUGGGCAGAGCUACGAGAGUGGUGAUGGAGUCUCAGCUUCUGCAUUAAUUCCUCGCCCAGAAUGUCUGAGCCGCCCAGCCUUCUCACUACAGCCCGCAGGUGAUGAGCGAUGUUUCUUGACUGAGCACCUUGUCCAAUUCGACAUUGGGGAUGGAACAUUGCAAGUUGUUGGACACAAGAACUCCAAGGGCCAGUUGUUGCAAUUUGACUCUCAUCAUGCCUCAUCAUCAGUUUCCUCAGUGGGCGAAACCCCUGGUGUCACAGGGCCAAUCUCAACUCCUAUGGUUGACAGCGCCUCUGAAACCAGCUUAGACACCACUGCCAUCGAUGUUGACUUACCGACAUCUGAUACGCGUACCGCGUUGCUGGGAUUGUCGCCUGAGAAGCUGUCUCGUCUGGAAGCUCUUCUACAACCCCUGGGUCAAGUGCAACAGUGCUAUCCAUGCUGCUCGGUCCAAGAGGGCAUCCUUGUCAGCCAGGUGAAGUCCCCGGGAACCUACAACAUCUUGGUUGUCUGGGAACUUGUCAACGCUGCUACUGUUUCUCUGGCUAGACUCCGAACUGCCUGGGAGAGAGUCGUGAAGCGCCAUGCUCCACUACGCUCGACGUUUGUGGAGAGUCUGCGCGAUGGCAGCGUCUUUGACCAAGUCGUCCUGGCCUCACCAUCAGUCGAUGUGGUAGAGUUGCCAUGGAUAGAGGACUUGACAGAAGACGAUGAUAUGCUGAAACUAACAUCCGUUACUUGGGACAUGGGUCGACCGCAUCAUCGCCUGGGCCUGUCGAAAGCGGCCGAUGGUAGAUUGCGCUGCCAGCUCCUCAUCAGUCACGCAGUUAUCGACGGCUUGUCUGUUCAAGCUCUUGGACAUGAUCUUGAGAGGUCACUCAAUGACCUCCUACCAGACAGUGGGUCCAUGGAUCUUCAAAGCCGAUAUUUCCAGCAGCUGCAGCAGAUACCUGGCGAGGGUGGUCGUGAGUUCUGGAGAAACUAUCUCGACGGACUCUCUGGAUGCCUACUACCAAAGCUGACCGACUGGACCGACCAGAGCCCAGCCCGAGUGUACACCAAGCGUCGCUUACUUCCCAACAUCAAGCAGCUGAGGCAGUUCUGCCAGGAACAAGGAACCACCCUGUUCUCUUUAACUCAGACAGCGUGGGCCUUGGUCCUCCGGGCUUAUACUCUAUCUGACGACGUCUGUUUCGCGUACAUGGCCACUGAUAGGCACCUUCUUGGUGAUGACGCCGACCGAGCGGUUGGGUUCUUUAUCAACCUGAUGCUCUGCCGUGUAGGGCUCGAUGGCUCGACACCUAUCGCAGAUGUACUCAACAAGCUGCGACAAGACUUUGUUGAAGGCUUUCCGUAUCAGCAUCACCCACUUGCGGAGAUUGCUCAUGAGCAAGGCGUCCCUGCUAGCCAGCUUUUCAACACGACCAUUACGUUCAUGUCAGACGAUGAGACCGUAGAGCCUCACUGCGAUGGAGUUCAGCUUCACCGAGUUGCUGACCAGGACGUUGCCGAGUAUGACGUCGUCCUCCGAGUAUUUGACAGUUAUCAAGACAGUGUUGCUGUCGAGUUCUCGUACUGGAGCUCAUCACUUUCCAGCGCCCAGGCAGAAAAUGUCUUUGGCGCGUUCCUUGCCGCCAUCACCUCAAUUCCACAAUCGACCACCGUCGAUGACGUCCAACUCAUGGAUGAGAGGAUGAAGCAGCAGAUUCAGCAAUGGAACUCGCAGCUACCCAUGCACGUCGAUACUUGCACCCACGAGCUCAUUCUUGACGCGGCACAAGACUAUCCCGAUGCACCUGCCAUCGAGAGCCACGAUGGCAGCUUGUCCUACGGCGAAUUCGAUGUCAUGACGGGAAAGAUUGCCGCUCACCUCAAGAGCCUGGAUGUCGGCCAUGGGGUCCCAGUCGUGUUCCGAAUGGAAAAGUCGCUUUGGGCUAUUGUCGCCAUGGUCGGCAUCAUGAGAGCCGGGUGUCACUUUGUACCUCUUGAUCCUGCCUGGCCGGUCGAGCGUACCCAAUUCAUCAUCGACAAUGUGGGAGCUAGCAUCUUGCUGACCACAGAGAGUACUCCAGCACUACCAGUUGAACACAUCAAUCACACCGUGGUACUCUCUCCCGAGCUUCUCGAGAAGCUACCGACAGAGACUUCCUUACUACCCCAUGUCAAGCCCAGCGAUCCUGCGUACAUUUUAUAUACAUCGGGUAGUACAGGUCAACCCAAGGGUGUGGUGGUAGAACAUCAGACGCUCAGUUCCAGCUCAACAGCUCACGGGAAGGCCAUGCUUAUGGACAGGCAGACUCGUGCUUUCCAGUUCUCCUCAUUCACAUUCGACGUAUCUCUGGGCGAGAUUAUGACAACCUUGGUCUAUGGCGGUUGCGUCUGUAUCCCAUCCUCUGAAGAUCGACUCAGCAACAUCAGCGGCUCCAUCUCCAAGCUACGCGCCAACCAACUCUUCAUGACCACCACGACGCUAGGCACUUUUAGUCCUGAGGACUGUCCCACCGUCAAGACUGUCGUCUGUGGAGGAGAAUUGUUGUCGCAGGCUAUCAAGGAUGUUUGGGCUCCUCACGUGAAUCUUCUUCACGGAUAUGGACCGACGGAAGCAUGCAUCUACGCUGUUUCUGGCAGAGCAAACGGCCCAACUCUUCCACCCUCCGUCAUCGGCCACGCAAUGGACGGCAAUCGAGUUUGGGUCUGUCGUCCAGACGACCCGAGUAUCCUGAGUCCUAUUGGAGCAUUGGGCGAACUUCUCAUCGAGGGCCCUAUCGUUGCGCAUCGAAUCCCCGAUUCGUGGGGUACACCGUCUCCCUAUCGCCUGUACCGCACCGGUGACCUUGUUCGCUGGAACAUGGACGGAAGUCUGACGUUCUUCGGUCGUCGUGAUGGACAGUUGAAGGUGCGUGGCCAACGAUGCGAGGCAGGCGAUAUUGAGAACCAUCUCACCACUAUCGAGCCCGAUAUCGCCCACUGUGCUGCUCUUGUACCAAAACAAGGUGCUUGUGCCUCUAUGCUGGUGGCUGUUCUAUCGUUCAAGACGACUCAUCCAGUCUUGAGCACGACCACGGGUGAAGUGCAGCUCCUUGACACCCAACAAGUUUCCGGCAUCAUAGCCAAGCUUCAAGAGAGCCUUGCCCAGCAGGUCCCUGGCUACAUGGUGCCUCAGGUCUGGCUUCCAGUAGUAUCUUUACCUUCAACAACAGCCUGCAAGACUGAUCGUCGCCGUGUUUCUCGAUGGGUUGACCAGCUCGACAAAGCUACUUUGGACAACGUGCUCAAUCUUGCAACCACGCACUCUGCCACGCCUUUGGCAGACAGGAGUCCAGUGCACAAGAUCCUCGCAACGGCAUGGAGCGAGGUUCUUGGUACUCCUGUUGAUUACAUUCCUGAUGAUCGAUCCUUCUUCAGCCUUGGUGGUGAUUCUAUCCUGGCUAUCCUGGUCGUGAACAAGUGCCGCGCUCAAGGUAUUGAGCUCUCUGUCAGCGAUAUUCUUCGAGGCCGCACCAUCAACGACAUGGCCAACAACAUAGCCAUCUCGGAUCAGCAUUCCACAUCCGACGCUUCCACGCAGGGCCAUGUCACCGCUGCCCAUAGCCUUGCCCUUGGAAGUGGCUAUGACUUGGAAUCGCCUGUACUUAGCCAAUCUCGUACAGUACAGCUUCAACUCGCCAGCUCCAUCGAUCAACACACCCUCGAAGAUGCUGUCAAACAAUUGAUCCAUCUUCACCCGGCCCUUCGAACCACAUAUGUGAAGGAAGACGAUGCUUGGUUCGCACGAGAGAGUACAGAUGUGAGCAAGGUGCUCUUGUUUGUCUCCCAUGACGGCACCAAAGCAGAGUCUUCAGCUUUGCUUGAUGCCACUGAGGGGCCCAUACUAGCCGUUGAUUACUUCCCAGGCGACAACAGAGUCGCGGUAUCCGCCCUUCACAUCACGCUCGACUUGGCAUCUUGGAACCUCGUGCUCAGAGACCUUGACUGUAUCCUAUCGGGAUCUCCUGUCAUUCCCCACGCCCGUCCAGCGAUGGACACCCGUGCCUCACCCAGUCAUACCGAUGAACCCUCGGCAGUCGCCAAUCUGGACUACUGGGAGCUUGACCCUGAGGAAACCUACCUACCUCACGAGUCGAAGUAUGAGCUGCGAAUUGACGCAGACGCUUCUCAACUUCUCCUCGAGUCUUGCUCUCGCUCCAUGCUGACGGUAGUGGACGUUGUGGUUGCGGCAGCCGCGGAAUCAUUCUCACGAAGCUUCACGGAUCGUACCGUGCCCGUGAUUCACGCUGCAGAUACUCCACAUACCCAUGUUGGCUAUGGCGAUUCGGUGUAUCCAGUCCAACUCACCAAUGACUUGGUAUCAUCUGGCACUGCUGUAGUAGCAGCGACGGCAAAGAACGCUCGUCUCGCUUCCUCUAAGGACAUCUCUUCUUAUAUGGCUGAGUCUUAUACGCCCAAGGUUCUCGCCGCUCGCUUGCCUGAGAUUCUUGUCAGAUGCCUCGACAAUGCCAGAUUUCAGGGCAACCUGUUGCAGCAGCAAGGAGACGAUCUCGAUACCGCCACCCUUAUUCCCUCCUGUAUCAGCAUCACAGUCAGCCCCAAUGACGACAAGUCUCUCGGUGUUGUAGUGGCGCACAGUUGGGACCUUGGUCAGCAGAAGAAGGUUCGCAAGUGGGUUCGGGUACUCCAGACAGCUCUUUUGGACACGAUUCGAGAGGUUGCCAGGGCCAACUUUGUGUCUCCUGCCGAUUUCCCUCUUGUCAAGGUCUCCGAUGACAAGGCAUGGGAACAACUGCGAAGUACCAUUAACGAAGCCUUGGGUACUUCCGGCCCGACUGUGGAGGAUGUGUACCCUUGCUCUCCUGUACAGCAGGGAAUGCUCAUCAGUCAAGCCAAGUCCACUUCGUCCUACACAGUAGACGUUGUAUGGAAGAUAAGUACCCCAUCUGGCUCCUCCGCAGUCUCCGUUGCAAAGUUGGAGAAUGCCUGGGCUAAGGUAGUCCAACGACACUCUGCCCUGAGAACAAUCUUUGUUGAUGGAAGUGCCGCCAACGAGGCGUUUCUUGCUACCGUCUUACGCAACCCUUCGGCUCGUGUGAUCCACCAGACAGUCGUGGGUGAAGACGCUGUCGAAUCUCUUUUGGCAUUUGAUCCGGAACUCCCCGUCGCUUCUCAUGAGCCACCUCACGUUUUGACCAUCGCGGAUGCACAGGACAAGGUCUUGGUCCAUCUGCGUAUCAACCAUGCCGUGGUAGACGGUAUCUCACUUGACGUACUACAGCGUGAUCUACAUCGCGCCUACGUCGACGAGGUCGGCUCUGAAUGGUCCGUCUCGGACCAUUCAUUCCGUGAUUAUGUUGCCUAUGUCAAGGCACAAGACACAGACAAGUCCCUUGACUUUUGGAAGAGCCGUCUCAACACAGUCUCGGCCUGUCGCUUCCCACAACUCCAAGUACCCGAUGUUGCUAUCACGAACGAGAAGCGCACCUUCAAGACCCAGAUAGACGAUAUCUCACCUCUUCUUAAGUUAUGCCAGACUCACGGCGUCUCUAUCUCGAAUCUGGCUCAGCUUGCUUGGGCAUUGGUGUUGCGGGGCUAUACCAACAAUCACCACGUGUGCUUUGGCUACAUGACCUCUGGCCGUGAUGCACCCGUCAGUGGCAUCGAGAGCGCUGCUGGUGUCUUUAUCAAUCUCGUCAUCAGUGACCUUGCGCUGGACGACGCCAUGACUGUUAAGGAAGCCUUGGAGUCCUCUCGCGCGGGCCUCGCCGACAGCAUGGAUCAUCAGUAUUGUCCUCUUAGCAAGGUCCAGAAAGCCUUGGAUAUGGGUGGUGAGCCCUUCUUCAACACUGUCUUGUCAUGUUACCGCGAAGACGAUGUCACUCCAUCCAAGACAGGAGUCGCUGUUGACUUGGUUCAUCUGGAUGAUACGAGCGAAUUUGCCAUCGCAGCAAAGAUUGCUUAUACUCGUUCCACCAUGGAGCUCAGUCUGACAUAUAGAACUGAGGUCAUCUGUCCUGAAGCAGCGGAUGUGGUAGGCGACGUCUGGCUCCGAACACUUCAGUCUCUGGCGUCUCUGUCUGAUACCAAGAUAUCCGACAUCAGCUUGAUGGACCCUCUCAGCGGCAAGCUAGUCAAGAGAUGGAACGAGCACGUGCCUGGUCCCGUAGACGCUUGUCUACACGACAUCAUUACAGAUGUCGCCCGUAUUGAGCCUGACAAGAUGGCUCUUUACUCUACCGCGGGAACCCUUACAUACGCUGAACUGGAUGAAUUCUCAACCAGGCUUGGGCAUCACUUGGUCUCUAUGGGUGUAGGCCCCGAAGUCAUCGUUCCUCUACUCUUUGAGAAGUCCAUCUGGGCCGUGGUAUCAAUGCUCGGCGUUCUCAAGGCUGGAGGCGCAUUUGUGGCUCUGGACCCAGCUCAUCCUGCUGAACGCUUGGCACUCAUCAUUUCGGAUACUGGAAGUCCAGUGAUGGUCAUGUCCGCCAUGCAGGCUACUACUCCUCUCGUCACCGGGGACCUGUCUAAUUUGGAAGUGGCCAUGUUUACCGUAACGCAUGAGUCUAUUCUCGAGUUGCCAGCUCUCAGCGACAAGCCUUGUCCAACUGUGACUCCUGACAACGCUGCGUAUGUCAUUUUCACCUCGGGCAGCACAGGUAAACCGAAGGGCGUUGUCAUUGAGCACCGGGCUGUGAGCACCGGUACCAAAGAGCACGGCUCUCAAAUGAACUACACCAGCACCUCCCGAGUACUCCAGUUUGCUUCAUAUGCCUUUGACGCCACCAUUGGAGAGGUCUUCACAACGCUCGUCUAUAACGGCACCGUCUGUAUCGCUACAGAAACAGAACGCAUCGAAGAUCUUACUGGCUUCAUGAACCGAGCUAGUGUCGAUUGGGCCUUUUUGACACCUGCAGUCGCCAGAAUGAUGACUCCAAGCGACGUUCCAACGCUGGAGACUCUGAUUUGUGGUGGUGAGCCAAUUGGUGAUCUGACCCCUCGCAUCUGGAGUGACAUCAAGUUCAUUCAAGCAUACGGUCCGACAGAGACUUGCGUCUUUGCAUCUAUCAGUGACCGCCAACAUCGAGAGGUGCGUCCAGCUAUCAUCGGUCACAUGAUGGGCAGCGCCGCUUGGGUAGUCAGCCCUAGCAAUUCAGACCUCCUCGUUCCCGUAGGUGCAGUCGGUGAGAUGCUCAUCGAAGGCCCCAUCCUCGGCCGUGGAUAUCGCAACGACCCCGAAAAGACAGAUGCCAGUUUUAUACGGGAUCCCGAAUGGUCGGUGCAAUAUCCAGGGCAUUCCAACGGGCGCCGUCUCUACAAGACUGGUGACUUGGUGAGGUAUAACCUCGACGGUUCAAUGGACUUUGUCCAGCGCAAGGACACACAGAUCAAGAUCCGAGGUCAGCGAGUUGAGGCUGGUGAGAUCGAAAGUCACGUUACCAGUGCCCACAAGGACGUACAGCAUGUCUACGUGACCUUUGUGAAGAACGGCAGACUGAGCUCGCGUCUUGUGGCCAUCAUCUCGCUGAAAGGCUUCGGCUCGACGGAAUCGUCAAGCUCAGGCUCGCUCCGAGUCUUGCAGGGUGACGACUACGAAAGAGCCAAAGAGCUAUUGCGUACAGUCACGGAAUACCUUUCCUCCAAGUUGCCGCGACACAUGGUCCCCGCCGUCUGGGCAGUCGUUGAAGGAUCCUCAGUUCCUCUAACGACUUCUGGCAAGAUUGAUCGUCGCCUGAUGACAAACUGGCUGGAGAAAGCGGACGAGGACCUUGUAAGGCAGAUUCUUGCUCUUGGUCAGGAAGAAUCUGUCUCGGAUGAUUCCUUGACUUCAACAGAGGUUACUAUACGCUCCGUUUGGGCUCUAGUUCUGAACCUGGAUCCCCAGAAGAUCAACAGCGAACAUCGCUUCUUCAGCCUGGGCGGCGACUCGAUUACCGCCAUGCAGGUUGUGUCUCAUUGCAGGAGUCAGGGCAUUGCGCUCACCGUGAAGGAUAUCUUCAAACACCAGACAAUUGCUUCCCUCGCCGCGUUUGUCGACUAUGAUUCGGCCGGGAACAUCUGUGCACCCGCCACGAGUAACGAGUUUGACCUCUCAGACCCAGUCGAAGAGAAUUUUGCUCUGUCGCCAAUUCAGAAAAUGUUUUUUGACAUUUAUCCUGAUGGCGUUAACCAUUUCAACCAGAGUUUCUUGGUGCAGAUCGCGUCGGGGAACAAGGUCGCGUCGCCUACCCUACACGCGGCACUCAACCAGCUUGUCAGUCGUCACUCAAUGCUUCGUGCCAGGUACACCAAAGUUCAAGGUCAAUGGGUCCAGCGCGUCACAGAUGACGUGAAUGGAUCGUUGCAGUACCAGGAGCACAAGAACACUAGUCUUGGCCAGAUAAGCAACCUGAUUGAUGUGGCCCAACAAUCAUUGGAUAUCCAACAUGGUCCCAUCGUUUCUGCGAAGCUCAUUCAGCUGCCUAGUCGUCAGAUUCUGGCCCUCGUGGCUCACCAUCUGGUAGUUGACAUGGUUUCCUGGCGCGUCUUGCUUGAGGAACUUGAAGCUAUAUUGACCGGUAAACCUCUUGCCCCGGCAUCCGUACAGCCCGUGCCAUUUCAGGCGUGGGUUCGAGUUCAAUCAUCUCUGGCCGAGGAAUUGUCCGCACACAAUGUCCUCCCAUAUCCCGUCCCCGAGCCACGCCAGGACUACUGGGGUCUGGAUCUAGCCAAGUCCAAUGGCUGGGCCUCUGUGCGCGAGAUAACCUUCGAGCUUAACGAAGCCAUGACUAAGGCGAUUCUGGGACCUUGCAACGAGCCUCUGCAGACAGACCCUCAGGACCUUUUCCUUGCUGCAGCGUUCCGAUCUUUCGCCCAGGCUUUUCCCGACCGGCCCCUCCCAGCCAUCUUCACAGAAGGCCACGGCCGUGAUGCUGAUGUUGAUGUCGAUCUCUCUCGCACAGUGGGAUGGUUCACCUGCAUCGUCCCAGUUGCACUCGCCCAGGAUGUGCCAGAGGACUUGCUUGAGACUACCAUGAGGAUCAAGGAUUCUCGCAGAUCGGUCCCUAGCCACGGCGUACCCUACUUCUCGUAUCGGUACCAGUCUGAAGAUACUGAGUUUCGACAACACGACCAGAUGGAGAUCUUGUUCAACUACCACGGCCAGUAUCAGCAGCUAGAGCGAGACGGUGCUCUCCUCCAGACAAUCCCCGAGGGGGAAUUUGCACAGCGCGAUGUUGAUCAUUCAGCACGCCGUUUGGCUGUCUUUGACAUUUCAGUUGCUGUCGUUUCGGGACGCGCCAGAGUAUCCAUGCUGAUGCCCCAAAGCUUGGCACCAACUCUCGCGCAGCAGGUUGAAGUCUGGAGCGAUUCCUUCCAAGACAAACUUGCCGAUGUGGUCUACAAGACGAGUACCAUGAAGUCGGAAUUUACCUUGAACGACACACCGUUGAUCAAGGAUAUGUCCUACCCCAAUCUUGCCGAGAUGAAGACUCUUUGUCUUGAGCACACGGGUAAAUGGGGACCUGGAAGCAUCGAGGAAAUUUUCCCUUGCUCGCCCAUGCAGGAAGGCAUUUUACUCAGCCAGAUGCGGACUCCCGAUCUUUACGACGUACGUUUUGCUUUCGAGGUCUCCUCCCGCAACGGCAGCCCUCAAGUGAGCCGUCUGCAAGAAGCCUGGGAACAAGUUGUCAAGCGUCAGCCCAUGCUUCGCACCGUGUUUCUGCCGAACCUUCGUGGCAGUGGGUCAUUUGACCAGGCCAUUCUGCGGAAGCCUCUUGCUACGGUUCAUCACAUUGAACUGGAGGAACUUGCAGAACCAUCUAGCCAUCUCGUCAAGAGAGUCCUCGAGACUAUGGAAGAGGCACCAGCCAGUAGCUUUGAGUAUGGCAAGGUUCCUCACGAAUUGAGCAUUUACACGGUUGGCGAGCGCAUGUUUAUCCUACUCCGAUUGAGCCAUGCCUUGGUCGAUGGAGCAUCUCUGCCAUAUAUCAUCAAGGACCUUCAACAGGCAUACAUGCACAAGCUCCCAGCCGCUCCUGGUCUCGGGUACAGGGAGCUGGUUUCCUUCAUCCAGAAACAACCCAUGGAUGAGGCCCUCGAAUACUGGAGCGGAUACCUUGAUGGUGCUGGCCCAUGUCGCCUGCCACUUCUCCUUGAUGAUGCCGUGAUCCCAUCUCCUGGCAAGUUGGAAGCACGAGAUAUUCCUGUUCCUGUUCCUGAUGCAAAAGCCCUGCGAUCACUUUGCGCCAAGUACGGUGUUACAAUGGCCAGCAUCUUCCAUGCAGCCUGGGCUCUUAUCUUGCGUGCAUACAUAGGCGAUGAUGAGGUGCACUUUGGCUACCUCGCUUCAGGCCGCGAUGCUCCCAUUCAAGGCAUCACCAGCCUCAUUGGUCCACUGAUCAAUAUGCUCAUCUGCCGUGUCAACUUCGAUCGUUCCAAGACGGUUGCUCAGCUUCUUCAGGAUAUCUGUGAAGAUUUCGCUUCUAGUAUGUCGAACCAGUACGCAUCGCUCGCCCAAGUUCAGCACAGUCUUGGUCUAGGCUCUGAACCGCUCUUCACUACCGUUGUAUCAUUCCAACGACACGACCCCACCAGUGCCGGUGCAGACGGUGGUAGUGAUGGUAUCAAGCUGACGGGAAUUGACUCUCGCGACCCUACCGAGUAUGACGUCUCUCUCAACGUUGUCGAUUCGGAUCAAGACCUUUCCUUCACUUUCACCUACUGGACUUCCAAGAUCUCCUCUGCUCAUGCAACACACAUGAUUCGAGCCUUACUAUCCGCCCUGGCCAGUUUCGCUGACAAUGUUGACCAACCUAUUGUCAAUGUCAACCUCGUCAGCCCCGAGACUCGCGGCGAGUUGGACUCUUGGAACGCUAUUGCUAUGCAGGAACUUCAUACGGAAUGUGUACACACUCUGUUUGAGCAGCAGGUUGAGAAGAUUCCUGACCAGCAAGCUAUUUGCGCCUGGGACGGCAAUUUUACCUACCGUGAGCUUAACGACGCUUCCAAUGCCUUUGCUUAUCACCUGCAUUCCCUCGGCGAGGCCACACCCAAGCCUGACGAAUUUGUUAUCACGUGUUUCGACAAGUCGGCUUGGGUAACUGUGUCUCAGAUGGCUAUCCUCAAGGCUGGUGCGGCUUUUGCUGCUGUUGAUCCAACUUAUCCUAUUGUUCGCGUCAAGACCAUUGUGCAAGACUUGAAAGCUUCUGUCCUGUUCACAGAGACAAAGUAUAAAGAUCUUUUCCAGGGUAUUUUCUCAAAGGUUAUCGUUGUGGAUCAAGAGAUGCUGGAUUCCAUCGGCGGCCCUCAACUUGAUGCCCCUUCAAUCCAGGUGAACGGAAACAAUCUGUCAUACUCCAUCUUCACCUCCGGUAGCACGGGUCAACCCAAGGGCAUCUUGAUCGAGCACCAGUCUUUAUCGACUGUGGCAAAACACUUUGCCAAGCCCUAUCAAAUCGACCAGAACACCCGAACGUUGCAGUUUGCCGCCUACACAUUCGACUUGUCUGUCGGAGAAACAUUCAUGACCCUUCUCAACGGAGGUUGUCUCUGCAUAACGUCUGAGCGUCGUCGACUAGAGGAUCUGACUGGAGCGAUCAACGAUUUCCAAGUCACCUGGGCCUUCUUGACACCAACUAUGGCAGACAUUCUGGAUCCAGCCCAGGUUCCCAGUAUGAAAUCGCUCGCCUUGGCUGGAGAGGCUGCCACGUCGGAAAACAUCCGCAAGUGGCAUGACAAGGUCCAUUUCGUCAUUGCAUACGGUCCUGCUGAAACGACUAUUUGCUGCAACGCCACAGAUGGCGUCAAAGCAACUAGCGACCCUGCAAACUUUGGUCCUGCUAGGGGUGCAGGAGAACUACUUGUCGAGGGUCCCAUUGUCGGGCGAGGCUACGUUGACCCCGUCAAGACGGCAGAGGUCUUUAUUGACCCUCCUACGUGGCUUACAACACAGUAUCCCAGAGUCUACCGGUCUGGAGAUAUUGGGCGGUAUAACCCUGACGGUACUUGCUCCUUCGUUCGUCGGCGAGAUAACCAGGUCAAGGUCCGUGGCCAGCGUAUCGAGCUGAAUGAGGUCGAGGUCCAUGUAUCCCAAGCCGAUGAAGACCUACAACACACAGUUGUCCUGCUUCCCAAGACAGGUGCUUGCCACGGACGUCUGACCACAGUGCUCUCGCGUCGCCAACAGCAAGAGGAAGUUGAAGCACAGCGCGUGUUGUGCCCUGUGACCAACGAAGAGGACAGGAAUCGCAACGCCGCCCUCCGAAACAAGUUAUCGUCAACGUUGCCUGGGUAUAUGAUACCCAAGAUUUGGAUCACAGUGGAGCAGCUACCUCUUACCACCAACGGCAAGAUGGAUCGUCGAAAGAUCCAGGACUGGGUGCAUGCCCUGACGGAGCAAGAACUAGCAGCAAUCGUUUCAUCGACAGAAACGACGGCCACAGGGAUGCAAGAUACAAGGAAGCUUACGCCCAUGGAAGAGCAGCUUGUCAAAGCCUGGAGCCAGGUCCUCAACUUGCCUGCCAGUUCCUUACCGCUAGACCAAUCCUUUACCAGUCUCGGCGGCGACUCCAUUUCUGCGAUGCAGAUUGUUUCCAGGGCCAGAGAGUGUGGUGUCACUGUCUCGGUUGACAAGGUUCUUCGCAGCGAAUCCCUUUCAGAGCUUGCCAACCAUGCGCGUUUCAAGGCUCUCGCCCCCAACAGCAACGAGAUACAAUCCUUGGUGGUGGAGAAGACAGAGCCGUUCCCUCUGUUGCCAAUCCAGCGCAUGUUCUUCGAGAUGAAUCCUUCUGGCAACAACCAUUUCAACCAGACAUUCACGGUCAGACUCUCCAAGACUUUAUCUGCUGAGCGAAUCGAGUCUGCCAUUGCCACCGUGGUGAAGCAUCAUCCCAUGCUUCGUGCGCGCUUCCUCAAAGAUCACAACGGUGAUUGGACUCAACAGAUUGUACCUGAUGCCGAGACCAGCUUGGGAUUCCGACAACAAAGCUUCCAGUCUCUGUCCGAUGCGGUACCUGUUCUCGAUGAGUUGCAGACAAGCCUUGACAUUCAGAAUGGACCACUCGUGGCAUCCUGUCUUAUCAACCUUCCUGAUGCUCAGGUACUCUCUCUCGCAGCUCACCAUCUGGUAGUUGACCUUGUAUCCUGGCGUGUCAUACUCUCUGACCUCGAGAUUUUGUUAUCAUCCGAUUCUAAAUCUCUUCCAUCACUUGCUCCCGCACCUGUCACGAUGCCCGCUUGGACAGAUGCCCUCCUCUCGCGAGCAAAGGACUACAAUGUCGAAUCAGUCCUCCCUUUCACUGUGCCAUCAGCCAACUUUGGCUUUUGGGAUAUGGACCAAGGCCGCGAGAACGUCAUGGCAGAUACAGUUGUCAUCCAGUCCCGUUUAGACGCGUCUAGCACAGCAGCAUUGCUAGGACGCGCCAACAUUGCCUUCAGAACAGACCCAGAUGACUUGAUGCUAGCAGCCCUGGCGUUUUCCUUCCUCCGCGUCUUCCCUGAGCGAUCAAUCCCGACCAUUUACGCUGAGGGUCACGGUCGCAAUGCAUGGGAUGAUAGUAUCGACUUGUCACGUACCGUAGGCUGGUUCACAACUAUGUACCCCCUUGUUUCCUCCGCGACUACUCGCGAUCUUGUUGAGACAGUUCGUCAAGUCAAGGACAUAAGGCAUAGCAUCCGCGACAAGGGAUUCCCGUACUUUGCAAGUCGAUAUCUCACCGCGCAAGGCCGUGAUGCCUUCAAAGAGCAUACCAACAUGGAGGUUCUCUUCAAUUACCUAGGCCAGUACCAGCAACUGCAGCAGUCUGAUACCGUUCUCCGAGAGCUUCAAGAGCCACUCGAGAUUCAGGACGCUGCGCCAAGUGCACCUCGAAUGGCACUUAUUGACAUCCUCGCCGCUGUCGAAGGCUCCGAGCUGGUCCUGUCAAUAGGCUACAAUGGAAGGAUGGGCCAUCGAGAUCGUCUACAACUCUGGCUGAACGAGUACACCGCCGCCCUGCGAUCUCUGUCAACAGAACUCCCCACUAUGUCUCCCUCCUUCACUCCAGGAGACUUCCCCCUCCUCGGCAUUGAUGAUGCUGGCCUCAAGUCCCUAACCGCGACGUGCAAAGCCAAGGUUGGAUCUUUGGACCCAGCAAUGGUCGAAUCAAUCUACCCGUGCUCGCCGCUACAGCAGGGUAUUCUUGUCAGCCAGUCUCAGGAUGCCAAAUCCUACGUCGUGUACGCAGCGUGGAAGAUCCGCCCUGCACGUGGAACGUCAUUCAAUGUCAACCAACUGAAGGAUGCCUGGCGACGACUUGUGCGCUACCACCCCGUGCUACGUACUGUCUUCUGCGAGAACGGGACAUCCGACGGGGGUCACGCCCAAGUCUUGUUGAGGGCUGAUACUGCUGCUGCUGAGCCGAUCAUAAAGGAGAUUCAGUGUCAGAGAUCUGACGUUGCCGAGUUCCUAAGAUCCUCAACUUCAUCCCUACCAACAGACAAGCCACCCCACAUCUUGUCCAUCUGCACCACCGAUAACGAGACUUAUGUAUCUCUUCAAGUCAGUCACGCCCUGAUUGAUGGUACUUCUAUGGAGCUGGUGAUGGAUGAUCUCGUACGUUCUUACAACGGCGAUCUACAAGGAUCCGGCCCAUCAUAUAACGACUACAUCUCCCAUAUUUGCAGCGAACCUAUUGCUCGAUCGCUCUCCUAUUGGACGGAAGCUCUCGCCGACACUCAACCUUGCCUCUUCCCAGUCCUCUCUGCUGAAGGCACUAGUAGAGUGUUGAACAGGAUCACGCUUCCUGUUUCCAGCAGUACCACCGAUGCUAUGCGCCAACUUGGCCGCGCGCAUGCCAUCUCCGUCUCCAACAUCUUUCAGUUGGCCUGGUCCCUGGUGCUCCGGGCUUUUACAGGCUCAGAUAGUGUUUGUUUUGGCUAUCUGACAUCUGGCCGCGAUGUACCAGUAGACAGAAUCGAGGCAAUGGUCGGCCCAUUGAUCAGUAUGCUCGUCUCCAGCACCAAAUUUGGGGAUAGCGAUGACGAGGCACAAUCCGCCUUGGAUCUACUCAAGUCGAUCAAUCGCAGCUAUCUUGACAGUCUACCUCACCAGCAUUGCUCGCUUGGAAGUAUUCAAAAUGCUUUGGGUGUCAGCAACACAGGUCUCUUCAAUACAGUCAUGUCUCUGCAAAAGUUAAACGAAGAGGCCGAGACAUCAGAAGAGUUUGGCUUCGACAUCGUGGACUCACACGACCCCAGCGAGUACAACAUGACUCUCAACAUACUCGAUUUCAACAACAUUGUCGAGUUGCAUUUCACAUAUUGGACAGACAAGCUAUCAGAUAGCUAUGCUUCGGCGGUUGUUGACGCUACACUCCGCGCAGUAGAAGCUAUUGUUAAUGACCCAAGCCGCAAGAUGCCUGUUGUCGAUCUCUUGGGCGAUUCCGAACGCCAAGGCCUCGUAUCCCGAAUCAACCAAGAUCACCCAACCUUGCAGACGACCGUCCACGCUAUCAUCGAAGCCCAGGUGAAGGCAAUCCCAGACAAUUGUGCCGUCACCUCAUGGGAGGGCGAUCUAUCAUACACAGAGCUCGACCGUCACGCCACCCGCCUUGCCGUACACUUACGUAGUCUCGGCGUCGGGCCUGAAGUCACAGUUCCACUGUGCUUCAAGAAGAGCAUCUGGACCGUUGUUGCCAUAUUGGCCGUGAUGAAGGCCGGAGGUGUCUUUGUACCUCUGGAUCCUGCUCAUCCGGCUGAUCGUAUAAAGGGAAUUGUGGAACAGCUCCCAUCUCGUAUUGUUGCACUCACAUCACCUCAAUGCGUCCUCACAGUCGCCCAUCUUGUCGACAACACCAUUUCCGUCGAUGCAUCCUCUAUUGCGCAACUGGAGAACGUUUCGAGUGCUGAAUCUCUGUCUCCUGGAGCCACACCGUCCAAUGCGGUGUACAUCAUCUUUACUUCUGGUUCAACCGGUCAGCCUAAGGGAGUGGUUCUUGAGCAUAGUGCCGCCGCUUCAGGAACAACAGCCCACGGACACGACAUGUCUUACAGCCGAGAGUCAAGAGUCCUUCAAUUUUCUUCGUAUUCUUUUGAUGCCUCUAUUCUGGAGAUUCUCACAACACUCGUGUACGGCGGCUGUAUCUGUGUCCUAUCGGAGGAGGAGCGCAUUAACGACCUCGUUGGUGGUAUCAAUCGACUUCGCGUCAAUUGGGCAUUCCUUACUCCGGCUGUUGCCAUGAUGGUCGAGCCAUCGCAAGUUCCUACUCUUCGUCUUCUUGCCCUUGGAGGCGCACCUCUAUGGCUUGCCGUCUUGCAGAAAUGGACCGCUGUAGGCACAUGUCGGGUUGUUAAUGGCUAUGGACCUACAGAAUGCUGCGCACUCUCCACGCAUAACUACUAUAGCCGAUCCUAUAUGAGACCCGAAGUCAUCGGUAAGGCCAUGGGCUGUAACACAUGGGUAGUCGAUCCGCGGGAUCCUAACAUCCUUAUGCCCAUCGGCGCGGUGGGUGAACUGCUUAUCGAAGGACCUAUUGUGGCCCGAGGCUACCUCAAUGACCUUGUCAAAACUCAAGAUGCCUUCUUGGAUGGUGUAUCGUGGCUUCCUAGCGGUCGACUAUACCGCACAGGUGAUAUUGUCUCCUACGCUACCGAAGGGAAUGGGGACAAGAUCUCCUACAUCCGCCGGAAGGAUACCCAGGUCAAGGUCCGCGGUCAACGCAUCGAACUCGGGGAGAUCAGCUACCAGAUUGGUGCUUCGCAUGGCAGUAUAGUCGCUCAUCUUGUUGUGCUUGGAUCCCGAGGCAAGUUCUCUGGACAGAUCGUUGCCAUCUUUGCCUUGGACGGCUUUCCCACGCAUCAACAAGGUAACGACGAACCCCUGCAGCUUCUGGACAGUCCUCAAGACCUUGCCAAGGUUAGGGCUAUCAUUUCGGAAGUCAGCGAGUUUAUCAGUGAUAAACUGCCCUCUUCUAUGCAGCCUUCUGCUAUGGUUCCUGUGAACCAUAUGCCAAUCAACACGUCUGGAAAGAUCGAGGCCCGUCGCGUCAGCGCUUGGAUAGACGGCCUCGACGAUGCAACAUAUGCCCGCAUCAUGCGUAUCGCUGAUGAGCCUGAUGAUGAGCCCGAGAACGAGCCUGAGGCCAACGUCAUUCAGAAGAGCGAGGCUGAAGACAUUAUACGAGCCGUGGUUGCCGAGGUGGUCAACGUACCGCUGGAGCAGGUCCCUCUACGACGCUCCUUCUUUGCAAUUGGCGGCGACUCCAUCUCUGCCAUGGCAGUCGUUUCUCGUUGUCGCAGUCGUGGUAUCACUUUUACCGUCUCGGAUAUCUUCAAACACAAGACCAUCACUGCUCUAGCUCAAUUCGUCAGCCAGGCCACUCAACUGAUCACCAAAAAAGAUGGCGAUGGCAUCGAUAGGUCCGACGAGGCCAAUGUGGAUUUCUCUCUAUCUCCUAUUCAACAAAUGUUCUUUGACAUGUACCCAGAUGGUGUCAAUCACUUCAACCAGAGCUUCUUGGUCCAGCUCCCGAGCACAGAGGCUUUGACCUCGACGGCUGUGCAUGAAGCCAUCCGCCAGCUCGUAGAUCGACACUCGAUGCUGCGUGCUCGGUUCAGUGACGAAGACGGCGAUUGGGUGCAACGAGUCACUCCUUCUGGGGAUGCCAAGUCACUCAAAUACGAAGUGCACAAUGGUGUCAACGUUGACCAGGUGGUCAAGCUCAUUGAUGUCAUACAGACCUCGUUGGAUAUUCGCACCGGUCCCGUCAUGGCGGCGUCUCUUUUGAACCUCACUGACAAGCGACGUAUCCUGGUCUUGGUUGCCCAUCAUCUUGUCAUCGAUAUGGUCUCAUGGCGAGUUCUGCUGGAAGAGCUCGAAGUCAUCCUGUCUGGCAACGGGCACACACUACAGAAUACACAGACGUCACUCCCUUUCCAAGCUUGGGUCCGCACUCAGCCCCGUCGAGUGCAGAAAUGGAGUCCAUCGCGUGUCCUCCCUUACGAUAUUCCGAAACCCCGAAUGGACUAUUGGCUAAAGCGAGGAGAGGACAAUACGUGCGGUGACACUCGCGAAUUAGGAUUUACCUUGGACGCGGAUGCAACAAAGGCACUCCUGGGUUCUUGCAAUGAAGCUUUCCAGACCGACCCCCAGGAUCUCUUCCUCGCAGCUGCCUUUCAAUCUUUUGCGGAUGCCUUCCCCGAUCGUGGUCCCCCGGCCAUCUUUGUUGAAGGCCACGGGCGUGGCGACGGUGGUUCUGAAGGCCUAGACCUCUCUCGAACAGUUGGAUGGUUCACCUCCAUUGUUCCGGUUGCCUUACCAGAGGGUGUCGUUGCUACCAAUGUUGUCGACACCCUGAUGAGGAUCAAGGAUGUCCGCAGGUCGGUUCCAGGCCAAGGUGUGCCAUACUUCUCCUACCGGUACCUCUCCGCAGCUGGCGUGAGAAAGUUCCGGAACCAUGAUAAGAUGGAGAUUUUGUUCAAUUACUUUGGCCAGUAUCAGCAGCUCGAACGCGAUGAUGCUCUCCUGAGACCUGUUGUUGGAGAUGAGUUCCCUCAGUACGAUGCCGAUGCCUCUGUUGAACGCCUUGCCAUCUUCGACGUAGCUGGCGCUGUAACCUCAGGUCGGGCUUCAGUAACUAUUACGAUGCCUGGCACCUUGGCUCAAGAUCGCAUUGACGGCGUUAGUCUUUGGCUUGAUCGUCUCAAGCACCACCUGACAAGUCUCGUUCAAGUCACGAGCGACAUGUCAACAGCCUUCACCCUCCAUGACCUGCCUCUGGUCAAGAACAUGUCUUACGACGAGCUGUCUGACAUGCGGGAAGUAUGCCUCGAACAUACCGGCCUUUGGGGUCCCGGUGCUAUCGAGGAGAUUUUCCCAUGUUCUCCCAUUCAGCAGGGUAUCUUGCUAAGCCAGGCUCACAGGCCCGACCUGUACGAUGUGCGAGUCGCUCUUGAGGUGAGCUCGCGCAACGGUUCACUGAGCGCCCAAAGCCUGGGAGACGCCUGGAGACAUGUCGUUCUGCGGCAGCCAAUGUUACGUACCGCCUUCCUACCAAACAUGCGUGGCAAUGGCUCGUUUGACCAGGCUGUCCUACGGGACCCUUUACCGUCUAUUCGACAUGUAGACCUGGGAGACGCUACGGACGACGAAAUGGCUUUACAGACAGUCAAACAGUCGAUAGCCGAGACCAAGGGCGACAUCUUUUCCUAUGGAAAGCUUCCACAUGAGUUUACAACUUAUACGAUCGGCAACAAGACAUUCGUGUUUAUUCGCCUCAGUCACGCUUUGGUAGACGGUUUCUCAUUGCCGAUAGUGCUGAAUGAUCUUCGGGAGGCCUUUGCCCAUCGACUCAGUACCACUCCCGGUCUCUCCUACCGAGAGUUGGUAUCAUUCAUCAACCAACAGCCAGCUGAUCAGGCUAUCGGACACUGGGUCGACUUUCUCAAAGGCUCAACUCCCUGUCGCCUCCCUCCUCUCCUCGACGACGCCAGUGUUCCUUCGUCGCCCGAGCUACUAGCGAUAGAGGUAGAAGUGCCUUGUUCCAAUGCGCUGAGAGCACUCUGUGCCGAACAUGGCGUCACUAUGGCCAUUGUCUUUCAGCUCGCUUGGGCACUCGUCCUGCGUGCCUAUACUGGUGAAGACGACGUCAUGUUUGGUUACCUUACAUCCGGUCGAGACGCGCCUAUCGAAGGUGUAAGCACACUUGUCGGACCUCUUAUCAACAUGCUCACCUGCCGUGCCAUCUUCAACGAUCGUAACAAGACUGUCCUGCAGCUACUUUCACAAUUGCAGGACGACUUUAUCAACGGAAUCUCUAACCAACACGUCUCGUUGGCUGAGAUCCAACACCAUCUUGGCAUUGGCUCAGAGGGUCUCUUCACAUCCAUCAUCUCAUUCCAGCGUCAUGAUGCUGCUGCAGGCGCCGCAAACGAUGACGACGGCCUACUCAAGAUGACACCGAUAGAUGGACGUGACCCUACUGAGUACGAUCUUUCGGUCAACGUGCUCGAUGAGGCUGACAAGGAUAUACAAAUUCACUUCACCCACUGGACGUCCAAAGCCUCACCUUCCCACGCAAAGCAGAUGAUGCGAGCGCUUUCAGCUGCCCUGGUUGCUAUCUCUACCAAGCCCAAUCAACCUUUAGUCAAGGUCGACUUGGUUGGUGCCGAAACGCGACGUGAAAUGGAUGCCUGGAACGCCACUGGGAUCGAGUUCGUGUCCGAUGAGUGUAUACAUAACAUCAUCGAGCGAAAUUCCCAAGCUACGCCGGAUCGUCAGGCCAUUUGUGGCUGGGACCGGACAUUUACGUACCGCGAGCUUGAUGAGGCUGCCAAUGCCUUCGCCCACCAUAUACACUCCCUGGUUGAUCUCAAGCCCGAUACCUUUGUCGCAACCUGUUUUGACAAGUCAGCCUGGACUAUCGUCGCGCAGCUGGCUAUCCUCAAGAGCGGCGGAGCAUUUGUUGCCAUCGAUCCUACGCAUCCCGCCGAUCGCGUCGAGACCAUUUUGUCCGAGUUGGGAUCACCCCCAAUCUUGCUGACCGAAUCGAAACAUCACGAGCGUUUCAAGGUGUUGUUCCCACACGUCGUCACUGUCAAUGAGGACACUCUCAGCUCUCUGGGUGUUCCCAAUGGUCCUCCUUCGACUCUUGUACGCCACAGUAAUACGGCCUAUGCCAUAUUUACUUCUGGUAGUACUGGCCGACCCAAGGGCAUUGUCAUUGAGCAUGGAUCCCUAUCCACAGCUGCACUAACACAUGCUGGCCCAUAUCAGAUCACAAGUGAUACCCGGGCUUUACAGUUUGCUGCGUACACAUUCGACGUAUCAAUCGGCGAGACUUUCUACCCGCUAUCUCAGGGAGGCUGUGUUUGUGUCCCUUCAGAUGCCGCUCGACUUGAGGACCUAGCAGGCGCAAUCAAUGGCCUAUCUGCAGAUUGGUCAUUCCUAACACCGACUGUUGCUGAUCUCCUCGACCCAUCACUUGUCCCUGGCCUCAAGACGCUAGUCUUGGGUGGUGAAGCACCCACAUCUGUUAACAUUCGUCGCUGGCAUGACAAAGUAUUCCUCAUUAGUGGCUAUGGCCCUGCAGAGACUACUAUCUGGUGUAACGCCACAGGUCGUCUGAAUGGGAACAGUGAUCCUGCUAAUCUUGGCCCACCGAUGGGUGCCCGCGUCUGGGUAACUGAUGCUGACGACCCGUCUGUGCUUCUCCCUGUUGGAGCCGUCGGAGAGCUCCUUAUUGAAGGGCCUCUGGUUAGUCGUGGCUAUACCGACCCCGAAAAGACCGCGGCGGCUUUCAUUAGUCCACCCGGAUGGAUGACCACGGCCUAUCCAGGAAAGCUCAUCUACAGAAGUGGAGAUAUCGGUCGUUCGCGUCCUGAUGGUACCUUCUCGUUUGUACGCAGACGGGAUAACCAGGUCAAGGUACGCGGUCAACGUGUUGAGCUCAACGAGGUCGAGGUGCACAUAUCACAGGCCAAAAUCAGCAUUCGUCACGCCGUCGUGCUCUACCCGAAGAGCGGUGCUUGUCAGGGUCGUCUCACUGCAGUACUAUCCCAUCAUUCUCUGGGAGGUGAGGAACUGGAUCAAAAGCAGACAGUGCCCGGCUCGGAAGGUAUCAUUGCUGUGCAGAGUGAUGAGGCCAUUUCCGCCAGCGACUUGAUCCAGGACAGACUCUUGUCGACGUUACCACCAUACAUGAUUCCCAAGAUUUGGAUCACUGUUGAACACCUGCCAUCUACAACCAACGGCAAGAUGGAUCGUCGUCAGAUCUUAACCUGGGUGGAAUCGCUAACGGAUGACAACUUGGCCAGCAUCGUCCAACGCCAGUCUAACACGACUGGAUCAGUUGAGUCACCGACAAAGCCCAAGACCAAGAUGGAAGAGCAUUUCCUCCAAAUCUGGUCCAACGCUCUCAAUCUGCCCAUUGAUGCAAUUCCCCACAACCAGCCCUUCACCAGCCUCGGCGGAGACUCCAUCACCGCCAUGCAAGUCCUCGCGAGGGCGAGAGAACGCGGCAUCACUACGACUGUCCACGAUAUCCUUCGGAGCCGAUCUAUCGCUGACUUAGCUGGUCGCUCCCGUUUCAAGAACAUUCAAUUGAACGGAUCAGAGGAUUCCAAGGCUUUGACUGUCAUUACCGACCAGCCGUUUCCCUUGUUACCCGUCCAACGACUGUUCUUCAAAACUCAAACCUCAGUCAACCAUCACUUCAAUCAGUCGUUUAUUGUCCGCCUUUCGAGAACAUUCACAGCCGAUCAGGUCCGUGCGGCUAUCAGGGCUAUCGUUGAGCAUCAUCCAAUGCUUCGUGCAAGGUUCUUUACCGACGGAAAUGAAUGGAAACAGAAGAUCUCUUCAGACAUCGCUGGAAGCUUCAAGUUCCAACACCACAAUUGUUCCAGCCUACCUGACUCUAUCGAGACUCUUGAUGCACUACAGGCCAGCUUGAAUAUUAGUCAAGGACCAUUGCUUACAUCCUGUCUUCUCGAGCUCUCAGAUGGCCAAGCACUCUUCCUUGCCGCUCAUCACCUCGUCGUCGACCUUGUUUCCUGGCGUGUCAUCCUGGCCGAUCUGGAGAAGCUUCUGGCGGCCACUUCGGGCGCAACAAGUCUCCCAUCGCUCGAGCAAGAGGGUAUCUCAAUGCCAGCAUGGACAGAGGCGUUGAUACAAAAGUCUACUGAGUAUGACAUCAACUCUGUGCUUCCUUUUACGGUUCCUGCUGCCGACUUCUCGUUCUGGGAUAUGGAUCCCGCCAAGGAAACGAAUAUCAUGGCAGAUACCGCCUCACUCCAGGUGCGGGUUGAUGGGGCUAGUACCGCAGCUCUUCUCGGUCCUGCCAAUGCAGCCUUCGGCACAGACCCAGACGAUUUGAUGAUUGCAGCUCUUAUCUUCUCUUUCCGAAGUGUCUUCCACGAGCGUUCAUCAAUCCCAGCUGUAUAUACAGAGUCCCACGGCCGCAAUGCAUGGGACGAUGGCAUCGACCUAUCGCGCACUGUUGGCUGGUUGACUACCAUCUACCCUGUAGCUGUGUCUGACUUGCACAAUGCAGAACGUGACCUUCUGCGUGUAGUCCGGCAGGUUAAGGAUAUUCGUCGAAGCAUUCCCGGAAAAGGACUGCCCUAUUUUGCAUACAGAUACCUAACUGAAGAGGGCCGGGCUGCAUUCGAAUACCACGAUGAUAUGGAGAUUCUCUUCAACUAUUUGGGGCAGUAUCAGCAACUGCAGAAAACCGACACGAUCAUCCAGCAAAUCGGAGAAACCACUUUAAGCACACAGGACGCUUCCGAUUCCACAAACCGAUUGGCUCUCAUGGAUGUAGUUGCAGCAGUCGAAGGUUCCGAACUGGUUCUGUCGCUUGGGUAUAAUACAAGGAUGCAGCACAAGCAUCGCUUCCAAGCGUGGCUGGACAGCUUCAAGUACAUGCUGGAGACCCUUGCAUCCCAGCUCCCCGCCAUUCCAGCGACACUCACCCCCAGCGAUCUUCCUCUGUUGUCUCUAGGAGAAGAUGGUCUCUCUACACUCGCAGCUGCCUGUCACGCCAAGGUGGGUAGUUGGGGCCCCGAUGUCGUCGAAGCCUCCUACCCUUGCUCCCCGUUACAACAAGGCAUUCUUCUCAGCCAAGCCAAGGACGAGUCAGCAUACGUGGUAUCUGGCAUUUGGAAGGUAUCUCCUGCAAAGGAAGGAUCGCCAGUCAAUCUGGAUCAACUACAAAACGCCUGGCGCCGUCUUGUCCAAUAUCAUCAGAUCCUGCGUACAGUAUUCUGUGAAAGCGGCAGAAGUGACGGUAUUUACGCCCAAGUUGUCCUCCGAGAGAACGCAAUAGCAGCUCAGCCUACAAUUGAGGUUCGAAAAUGCGAUGGACCUGAUCCUCUCGCAUUCCUCCACUCAUCGACCCCAGCGCUGCCAUCAGACAAGCCCCCUCACGCGCUGCUCAUCUGUGAUGUUGGCACUGAUGUAUAUCUUUCAUUCAACAUCAGCCAUGCAUUGAUGGACGGGACCUCCUUGGGUCUUAUGAUGGACGAUCUACUUCGUGGGUAUCAUGGAACGUUGGAAGGAGUUGGACCUUCCUAUGAGCCCUACAUUUCUCACGUCUACAACAAGCCCGUAUCCCAGUCCCUCUCUUACUGGUCUGACACACUGGCCAACGCACGCCCUUGCCAUUUCCCCGUGCUUGUGGACGCAGAUGGAGAUGAUACGGUAAGGUCGCUAAACAAGAUCAUGCGCCCCGUCCCAGGCAUCGAGGCCAUGCGCCAACUCGGCCGAACCCACGGCGUGUCCAUUGCCAACUUCUUCCAGGUGGCCUGGGCAUUAGUCUUGCGUGCCUUUACGGGCUCUGACGAUAUCUGCUUCGGUUAUCUUACUUCAGGACGCGAUGUUCCUGUAGACCGUAUAGACGAGAUUGUCGGUCCUCUGAUCAGCAUGCUUGUCUCAAGUGCCGACUUCAGCAUGGCUGAUGGUGCCCCCUCUGCACUUGAGUUGCUACAGACAAUGAAUCGCACCUACAUUGACAGCCUUCCCCACCAACAUUGCUCGUUGGCCGACAUACAGCGCGUGUUGCGGAUCGGCAACAAGGGUCUGUUCAAUACCGCUUUGUCGCUACAAAGGGUGACUACAGGAGACGAGACUCAAGACCAGAUUGAGAUCAACGUUGUCGAGGGAGAUGACCCUAGCGAGUAUAAUAUUACAGUGAAUGUAGUCGACUAUGGUGAGACUAUCGAUCUGCAUUUCACGUACUGGUCCGAUAAGAUAUCCGAUAGCCACGCAUCGGAUGUUGUCGAGGCUUUGAUACGUGCACUAGAUGCAAUCGUCCAGGAUCCUCACCGCACUCUACCGGCCGUCGACAUGCUGGGAGACAGCGGUCGCAAGCGCAUCAUGGAAUGGAAUGGAGAUGGACAAGCGCAACCCGCUCUCAACUCGACCGUCCAUGCUCUUAUCGAAGCCCACGUCAAGGAGUCACCAAACAGCUGCGCUGUCACCUCGUCGUGGGAGGGCGAACUCUCUUAUGCCGAACUUGAUAAUUACGCCACCCGGCUCUCGGUCUACUUGCGGAGCCUUGGUGUUGGACCCGAGGUGACGGUACCGCUCAUCUUCACAAAGAGCAUCUGGAUGGUUGUCUCUAUGCUUGCCGUUAUGAAAGCAGGCGGCGUGUUCGUGCCUCUAGACCCAGCCCAUCCACCUGAGCGCAUCGCCAUGAUCGUCGAGCAACUUCCCAGCAGGGCUGUUGCGCUGGCAUCGCCUGACCGUACCAGCCUUAUCUCCAGUCUCGUUGAUAAUGUCGUGGCGUUGGACGCUAAUGAAGCUGCCCGUAUCGCCAAAGACACCGACGGAGAUAACGAGCUACCAUCAGAUGCAGCUACGCCAGAUAACGCUGUCUACAUUAUCUUCACAUCGGGAUCGACUGGCCAGCCCAAGGGAGUCGUAUUGGACCACCGCGCUACUGCAACAGGUACCACAGCUCACGGGCGUGCUAUGUGCUACACCAAGGACGUGAGAACGCUUCAAUUCUCAUCUUAUGCCUUUGAUGCCUGCAUUACAGAGAUCGUCACUACCCUCGUUUAUGGAGGCUGUGUUUGCGUUCUCUCAGAGGACGAGAGGAUAAACGACCUUGCCGCAGCUAUUAACCGGCUGCAGGCCACCUGGAUGCUGCUAACGCCCGCGGUAGCUAGUACACUCGACCCGUCCGAGGUACCUUGCAUCCGGUACAUCGCUCUAGGAGGAGAGUCUUCAAGCCAUGCUACCAACAAGAAAUGGAGCAAGGGCUGCACAGUCCUCCAUGCCUAUGGGCCAACGGAAUGCUGUGUCAUGUGCGCUUAUGACGAUAGGACGGGGCUUCCUACACGUCCUGAGGUCAUUGGUGGCUCCGUAGGUUCCAACAAUUGGGUAGUUGAUCCUCGCGACCCAAGUGUUCUGAUGCCCAUCGGCGCCGUGGGAGAGCUCCUCGUCCAAGGCCCGAUCAUGGCACGCGGAUAUCUCAACAACCCCGACAAGACGCAAGAAGCCUUCCUGGACACUGGCCUUCCACCGGUGUCUGGACUCUCCCGUGCCUACAGGACAGGAGAUCUUGUCUCCUACUGCAACGAGGGCAAGGGUAACAAACUCACUUUCGUGCGACGCAAGGACACUCAGGUCAAGGUGCGAGGCCAACGCAUCGAGCUGGGCGAGAUCAGCCACCAGAUCAGUGCCUCCAACGACAAGGUAGCGACCCAAAUGGUAACGCUAGGCUCCCGCGGUACCUUGAACGGAAAGAUUGUCGCCGUCCUGACCCUUCGUGGCUUACAGACCACAGAGGAUGGCGGGGAUACUGAGCCUCUGCAGAUUCUGGAUAACCCCAAAGACAUCCAAAUCGCCAGGGAUAUCGUGGCAGAAGUCCAGAACUAUAUUGCCGAUAAGUUACCUGGAUACAUGCAUCCUUCAGUCAUGAUUGUCGUCAAUCGGAUGCCCAUCAACUCGUCCGGCAAACUCGAAACUCGACGUGUGGCUCAGUGGAUUGAUGAAGUGACGGACGAGAUGUACGAGCGCAUCAUCAAGAACCUGGCUGACACCGAGCCAGAGGCUGGAUCCGAGAGCGCACAAAACGUUGUUGUACAGAUCAUCAGCGAGGCAGUAGCUGAGGUCAUUAACCUGUCAGGCAAGGUGUCCCUGCGUCGCUCAUUCAUCAGCAUGGGAGGUGACUCCAUCACCGCUAUGCAAGUCAUGGCCCUCUGCCGACGACGAGGCGUCUCGCUACCUGUUCAGGACAUACUCAAGAGCAACAACAUCAUCUGCAUGGCGGCCAAGGCACAGCAGAUUGGGGGUUCCUCCGUGGACUCAGCCAAGGAUGAGGACGAGUUUGCACCCUUUCCCCUGUCACCCAUCCAGAAACUCCAUCUCACACAAUUCCCUGAUGGCGAGAACCACUACAAUCAAAGCAUGCUUCUCAAGCUGCGACGCCCUAUUUCAGAGACUGUUCUUCACGAGGCUCUUUUGCAAUUAGUGUGUCGUCAUCCUAUGCUCCGCGCCCGUUUCGACAAUGACUCAACACGUGGGCAAUGGACUCAGAGGGUGACCAACGACGUCCAAGGCUCGCUCUCCUACGCCACUACCAAGUUUGACACUUUGGAAGAGGCCAUGGAUACUAUGAUCGAAGCCGAGCGUGGCCUUGAUAUUACUGCCGGUCCACUGGUGGCAGCCCGGGUAGUCCGAGUUCAAGACUCUAUGUCUAUCUUCUUGGUCGCGCACCAUCUUGUUAUAGAUCUCGUGUCCUGGCGAAUAGUUUUGCAAGAUCUAGAGCAACUUAUCGCGGGGACUUCUUUACCUGGAACACAGAUGUCGUGGUCAUACCAACGAUGGGCUCACAGUCUUGCGAAGUAUGCCGAGGCAAACGCAUCGACUGCACUCGCGCUUCCCUUUACACCAACAGAGCCAGAUCUCGAUUUCUGGGCAGUGAAGGAGACUUCUAAUGACUUUAACAAUUUGGUGCAGGGCGACUUCACUCUGGAUCCUUCCCUGACCUCCGCCCUUCUUGAUGCUGCAGACAAGAACCUCAAGGCCGAAGUCCUCGACGUCCUACUAGCCAUGGCCGCACACACCUUCUCCUCCGUGUUCUCUGGCAGAGCAGCACCCACAUUCCACACCGAGACUCAUGGCCGAGACCACCCGCAAGAUACGACGGCUUCAGUGCAUGAAACAAUCGGUUGGUUCACUGCCAUUGCUCCACUUGUGCUUGACACCCCGAGCGAUGAGUACAUUGACUCUGUCAUUCGCGUCAAGGACAUGCGUCGUGCUAUACCAGGCCUGGGAAUUCCCUACUUCACGGCCAAGACCCUUCAGGGGUCCCAGACUCUACCGGUAGAGAUUCUAUUCAACUAUCUCGGCCGAUUCCAGCAGCUUGAGCGCGACGAUGGGCUUUUUGAGUCUCUUCCAAAGUCCAUGGGCCCCGUCGAUGUCAAUCUUUCAGCUGCCCGCCUAUCAGUCAUUGAUAUCUCUGCAGUCGUUGAGAAGGAUGCCCUGACCGUGUCCUGGAACUACAGUACACAGAUUCAGCAUCAGGACAAGUUGUCCAAGUGGUUUGCCCUGUAUGAGCAGGCAUUGCAUGAUGUCGUCUCUGCACUACAGAAGACAUCCUUGCAACUCACAAAGAGCGAUGUGCCCCUUCUGCCCAUCUCCCACCAACAGCUCAAGCCACUCAACGAGACACUGGCAGCCGUGUCGCGCAAUGGUGUUGAGGCAGUAGAGGAUGUUUAUCCCACGUCUCCCAUGCAGCGCGGUAUCCUUCUCAGUCAGUCCAAGGAUUCCUCGCAGUACGACGUCCACGCGGUCUGGGAGAUUACCCCUACCAACCGCCACGACUCAGUUGACGUUUCUCGUCUCCAGCGUGCCUGGUACCGCGUCAUCCAGCGACAUCCUAUGCUACGCACCGUUUUCAUUGACAGUCUUGUGGAUAACUCCCCAUUCGACCAGGUUGUCCUCAACAAGUUCCGUCCCUCUAUCAAGUUACUGACCUUCGAUGAUGAUGAGGAGGAUUAUGACUCUAUGAUGGAAGAGCUUUGGGAGUCAGCGCAUGGGAGCUUCGCACCAAAUGCUCCUCAACACCGCCUUGCACUUUGUUCCGAUACUCAAGGAAAGGUCUACGCACACUUCCAGGUCAGCCACGCCUUGAUCGAUGCGGGUUCCUUGCGAACUAUCAUCAAGGACUGGUCUCUCGCCUAUGCCAGCCCUAACCUCACCAUGACCCCUGGUACACCCUACUCAGCCUAUAUCGCCCACAUCCAAAAGACGUCCCUCGAUGCAUCCCUACGCUUCUGGUCAGCCCAGCUCGAGGGUGCAACAGCAUGCCGUCUUCCUCGACUCACUGAUGGUCUUGCACCCACAGACCAAAGUGAGAUCCGUCAUCUUCAUACCGACGUCGACUCAGGAACCCGCCUCAAGGCCCUAGCAAAGGAGCUCAACAUUUCCAUGGCCAGCAUCUUCCAACUCGCAUGGGCAUUAGUGCUCCGUUCCUACACUAAUCUCCAUGACAUUUGUUUUGGUUAUGUUUCCUCAGGCAGAGACGUCGAGAUUGAUGGCAUUGUAGACGCCGUAGGACCAUUCAUCAACAUCCUCGUCUCCCGCAUUGUCUUUGGUAGAGGAGACACAGCUGCCGCAAUGCUCAAACAGCUAUUCUCCACUUAUCUGGACAGUCUACCGCACCAGCAUGCGUCGUUGGCUGACAUCACGCACGCACUCAAGAUGCCUGGUGGAAAGCUAUUCAACACAGCCUUUUCAUUCCAGAAGAUCUCUCAGUCUAACGGCAGUGCCAAGGCUCAGGACCUUCCACUCUCGUUUAGCACCAUUGGGGGAGCUGAUCCCACAGAGUUUGACGUAACAAUCACCGUGAUCGAGAACGACUCGAGCAUUGAGUUUUCCAUUCAAUACUCGACCUCAUUCCUUUCCGAACCCCAAGCCAACAAUCUCUCUCAGAGUCUCAUUCAGGCUCUAGAUGCUAUUGAAGCCACUCCAUUAGAGGCCAUCGAAACUCUCGAUCUUGUGCCCGCAAAGCACAUGGAGCAGCUCAAGACGUGGGGCGAUCGUCUCCCUCCCACUGUCGACAGACGUGUUCACGAUCUAUUUGACGACAUGGUUCGCAGCACACCAACAGCACCUGCUAUCCAUGCCUGGGACGGAGAGUUCACAUAUGCCGAGCUAGACAGGGAAUCAUCACGUCUGGCUGGUCUUCUUCUCAAGCAAGGUGUCAAGCCCGAUAGCUUUGUUGCUCUCUGCUUUGAGAAAUCAGCCUGGGUCGCAGUUGCUUAUCUCGCCAUCCUCAAAGCGGGCGCUGCCUUUAUGCUCUUGGACCCAGAAGCGCCCAUAGAGCGUAUCCAGUACAUGAUGGAACAGACCAAGACAUCUAUGGUUCUUUGUUCGCCCACAUACAAGGACAUGGUUGAUGACUGGGACGCUACUGCCAUCGUGAUUAGCAAAGAGGUCAUGGGUACGCUACCUGAUUUCGCUGGUCCAUUCCCGAAUAUUUCAACUUCCAGCGCCGCAUACAUCAUCUUCACGUCUGGCACGACUGGCAAGCCCAAGGGUGCUGUUAUUGAACACGGUGCAUACUGCAGCAGUGCCAUUGCGCAGAAGAAUGCCCUGUACAUCGGACCCGGGUCUCGAUUUUUGCAGUUCGCUUCUUUCAUGUUUGAUGCCACCAUGAUUGAAAUGGUCACGCCCCUUCUUUCAGGUGGAUGUGUCUGCAUACCGCGACGACAGGAUAUCAUCAGCGCCUUACCUCGCGUGGUGAGAGAAAUGGACAUCAACAUGGCGAUUCUCACCUCUUCCUUUAUACGAACCAUGAGCCCAGAGGAGGUGCCUACUAUCAAGAGGUUGAUCCAGGGCGGAGAGCCUUUAUCCCAGAAGGACAUUGAUAUCUGGGCUGACAAAGUCAUACUGGGCAACGCCUAUGGUCCCAGUGAAUGCUCAGUCAUGGCAUCUUGCCUAUCUGAUGUAUUGAGAACAUCUGAGCCGUCCAACAUCGGCUUCCCCGCGGCAUGCGCCCACUGGGUGACAGAGCCAGCCAACAUGCAUCGCCUUGUUCCUAUCGGUGCCAUCGGCGAGCUCCUCCUUCAAGGCCCAACACUUUCACGAGGCUAUAUCAACAAUCCUGACAAGACCGCCGAGGCGUUUGUCACGGGGCUCAACUGGGCCACGCAAGUAGGCCGAGACCCUGACACGCGUUUCUACGCCACUGGUGACCUGGUGCGCCUUAACUCUGAUGGUUCGGUUACCUUUGUCGGCCGCAAAGAUACACAGAUCAAGAUCCAUGGUCAACGAAUGGAGUUGGGCGAGAUCCAGCAUCAUUUGACAACCAUUGAUGAGAUCCGACACUCGGUCGUCUUGAGCCCAUCUGAAGGUCCCCUCCAAAAGCGACUUGUAGCUGUACUUGAGCUCGCCAACAUUUCCUCUACAGCUGCCUCAUCCGAAGAGAUCCAGCUUAUCGCGCCUUCCCUCCGCUCAAAGGCCACAGAGAGCAUCCAGCGCAUUCGCGACACUAUCACCCAGCGUCUUCCAUCCUACAUGAUUCCAUCCACCUGGAUCGUCGUACAAAGCAUGCCAACCAUGAUAUCUGGAAAGCUCAAUCUUCCAGCCGUCCAAUUCUGGGUCCAGAACAUCAACGACGAGACUUACCAGGAGCUUCAUGCAGCAGAGGCAGUCAGUGAGCUAGACUCGAGCGACUAUGUCGCUAUGCAAGUCAGUCGUAAACUGAGCUCGCUUCUUGUCGAUGCCCCUGGUAGCACGGGUAAGCUAGAAGACUUUGUGGGCAAGGAUAUCGUGCCGAUGCAGUGUGGCCUGGACUCUAUCACAGCUAUUUCAUUCUCGACAUGGUUGCGCAAGACGUUUGGUGUAACCAUCUCGCUCGCUACCUUGCUAUCUCUUGACACGAGUAUUCAGACACUUGCCGUGACCAUCAAGGCUGAUAUGGCCAAGGUCGGACCCUCAGGUCCAUCCAAUGUCCAGUCUAUCACGGAAUCAACAUCCACAACAAAGGCGGCCGUCGACCUACACUCAGAGUUUCAACACUACGAUCAGAUAUUGUCCCAGCUACCAGUAUCUGAGAUCCCGAAUACUGGCGUUGUUAAAAUUCCGUCCAACUUCCUUGUUACAGGCUCAACUGGUUUCCUCGGCAGCCAAAUUGUCAGGCAACUCAUCCUCCGGCCUAACAUCAACAAAGUAUUCUGCCUCGUCCGCGCUGAAGACGACACCCAGGCUCAAGAGCGAAUGAUGGAGGUCGCCCGCAAGGGACAAUGGUGGCAACCCGAACUUUCUGAUCGUAUCGAAGCAUGGAGCGGCGACCUGGCCAAACCGCAUCUUGGACUCGAUGACACACGCUGGGCAUCUGUAGUCGGCGGUUCCAUUGAUGCCAUCAUCCACAACGGCGCUAUGGUCCACUGGCAUCUUGGCUAUCGUGACCUCAAGGACGCCAAUGUAGGCAGCACGUUUGACCUUCUGUCAGCUUUGUCCAAAGCCCCGUCGCCCCCGCGCUUCGCCUACGUGACGGGCGGUUACUUCCCCGAUGAGGACAGAACGGACAAUGAGGUCUUGGACCUAUUGCAAGGUGGCGAUGGUUACUCGCAGACAAAGUUCCUCUCCGAAGCGCUCGUCCGCUCUCAUGGGCAGCGACUACGUCAACAUUCGGCAACAUUCCCUAUGCCCGUCGUCAUUCAACCAGGCCUCGUUAUUGGCGACGCAGACCAUGGAGUUUCCAACCUUGAUGAUUUCCUGUGGCGAGUUGUAGCUUCUUCUCUCCGCAUUGGCGCGUACAAUGUCGACGAGUUCAAUGACCCCAACGCCUGGCUGCUGGUCGCUGGCAGUGAUCAGAUCGCUACGUCUGCCGUGGAUGCUUGUAUGACAACAGUCUCUACCUCGACAACAACAAUCCCGCCAUCUAUUCGUUUCGUUGAUGGCGUCCCUGUCAAAGAACUCUGGAACCUACUUAUGGAUGAAUUCGACUUCUCUCUUCGCCCCAUGUCUGGCCCAGAAUGGCUUCAAGCUCUUGAGAAUGAUAUGGAUAGCGAAGGUCCUAGUCAUCCGCUCUUCCCUGUCUUCGAGUUUCUCCAACUGAAACAAGGAGCUGUCGGCACGCUCAAGCCCACGAACGGGGUCUCUAUUUGUCCCCAGGUUGAGACCCUAUAUCGUCUCAGGCAAAGUGUUGACUACCUCAACAACAUUGGAUUCUUUGCUUCAUCAGACUCAGUUUCUCCCUUUGCCUCUAAGGCUGCUUUCAGACAGAAUAAGAUCGUUACUUCCAUCCUUCUUCCUUCGCACAUUGACCGUGUUCGCAUUGAUCCCUCGGUUCAGAUUGUCAAGCCUAACAUCUCCAAGGCCAAGAUUGAAACGUGGGCUAUAUCGCAGACUGCUAGUUACCUGAGCGGUGAUCUGAACAUCUACGACUCUAUGCCAGGUGCGACGUUUCUGGAAGUUGAGGGUCUCGCUGUCAGCAUGCCCGGAGCUGCAGAAGGUUCCAGUGACCGGUCCAUGUUUUCCAGGACCAUCUGGGGUAAUGAUGUAUCGCUCGGACUUCUUGACCCCGAGCGAAAUUACGCAGAGGAUAUUGACAUCAAGCUGCUCCACGCCGUCGGAGGUCAUUUCGCUGAAGUUGUACGCGGCAACGAGCAACUCCUCGAGGUGAUGACCAAGGAUGACAUGCUAAACCGUUUCUACAUGGAGGGCUACGCUAGUAUCCCAACCAACAAGUUUUUCGGCGAUAUCAUGAAGCAACUCACCUUCAAGUACCCGCGCGCCAAGGUGCUUGAGAUUGGCGCUGGUACUGGUGGCACAUCUUGGAGUAUCCUCAACGCAAUUGAGGAUGCCUACGACUCCUACACCUACACGGAUAUCUCGCCCGGUUUCUUUCCUAACGUGGCUAUGGUGUCUGUGGUCGGACCUUCUAUCCUCUUUUACAAUGCCGAUGAAACAUUUGCCCAUGUCGUCACGUCGGAGUUGGAAGCGAUACAACUCCAGCGUCAAUUUGCUACAUCAAUGACCGGUGCACCUGCAGAAUGGAUCAAACGCGCUAUAUCUUUUGGUACAGUGGCUUACGGUUUGACGUUUAUCACCAGCCGCAAUCCCCAACACCCUUGCAGCCAAGGUACUAAGCACACACACCACCUAGACAGUAUCUUCCAUGACACUGAACUGGACUUCUUCACUUGUCUGGGUUCCGUGGCUUUAGUCAUUGGUAAUGUCGGACAGUCAAACUACCACGCAGCCAAUUUCUUCAUGGACAGUCUCAUCAACCAACGUUGUACCCACGGUCUCGCAGCUUCCAUCAUCCACAUCGCCUAUGUCACAGACGUCGGCUAUGUCACACGCGAGGAGCGCGACCACCACCUUGACUCUCACUUCCGCAAGGUUCGUCUCAUGCCCACUUCAGAAACGGACAUGCACCAUGCUUUUACGGAGGCUAUCCGUGGUGGUAAGCCAGACAGUAUCACUGGGAGCCACGACAUCAUCAUGGGUAUUGAGCCAUUGACUGAGCCUGUUUCACUGGAUCAGCAGCCACUUUGGAUGAAGGAUCCUCGUUUCGGACAUUUUGCGCCUCUUACCUCUGUUCAUUUCCACAUCGAUGCGGACGACGAGAUGAAGCGCCUUUCCAAUCGGUCUUGGGAUCUCGAACGAGGAGAUACAUUCGAGCUUGUCUUGAUGAGUCGCGACUGUGACAACCAUGAGCUAUUCAUUGCUUAUCAUCACAUUCUCAUGGAUCUUGUUGGUCCGGGUAUCAUCAUGCGCGACCUGAAUACUUCCUACCAGAUGAAGCUCCUUGAUCGCAGCGUCGAUAGUGUCGCUGUACAUGACGAGACUCGAGUCGCUCAUGCUAUUGAAGUGGGAUGUGGACCUGUGGUUAAGUUUGGACAAGAGACCGUUCUUCAAAGAAGCUCUCUCGGCUUCGAUUUGUCUCUCAUCCACAUCUUUUGCGCCCUCGCCAACGGCGGUCGUCUCAUCAUCGCACCCUCAGAUCUUCGACGAGACCCUACCGCACUAUCCGACCUUCUGAGCAGAGAGCAAGUCACACUGACUAUUGCGACUUCAUCCGAGUACCUCGCUUAG